AUGCCCGUUUUUGACAUCAAAGAACCUGCUGUCCCGUUGUGUAGCUGGGUUGUCGUCUCUGGUGCAAGCGGUUUUAUUGGCUCCCAUGUGGUCGACCAACUUCUCAAAGCAGGGUACAGAGUGCGUGAAACCACAAGAGAUGCCAACAAGAACUUGUGGACUACGCAGCAUUUCAACCUGGUGUAUGACUCUGGGUCCUUCGAGCUCAGCGAGGUUCCUGAUAUGACCGCCCCAGGUGCUUUUGACCAUGUUGUUUCUGGUGCGAAAGGAUUCAUUCAUGUCGCAAAUGAUAUGACAGGAUUGAGAGACCCCGAUAUUGCUAUUAAACGUGCGGUCGAGGGAGCUCUCAACGCGCUAAAGGCUUGCGCCCAAGAUGGAAAUGUGAAACGUUUCGUUUAUACUUCUUCCUCUUUCGCAGCAACACAGCCCAAGCCAGGUAAAAGGUUCACCAUUUACCACGAUACAUACAAUGAGGAAGCCUUGCAGAACGCCUGGAAACCCAACCCAGAUCCCUCGACCGUAUACUCCGCCAGCAAAGUCGAAACUGAAAAACAAAUCGCUGCAUGGAUUAAUGAUAACGAGUCGAGCUUGGUCAUAAAUGCUGGGUAUCCAACCUCAGCUGCUUGGGUCAAGUCUCUCUGGGAUGGAGACUACGACAUAGUCAAGAAGGCACCUCCUCAGCAUUACAUCAACGUGGAAGAUGAGGCACGCUUGCAUGUCAUUGUGAUGGCCUAUCCCAACGUGGAAUUUGAGCGUUUAUUUGCCGUGGCUGGACCUGUUAGUAUUGGUAGCAUUAUCGAUAUUCUCCUGGAGUUGAGUACGUUCGAAUGCAUGUCAAGGGCAGAGGCGUUGCUGGAAGAGGUAUAUGGCACAGGAUUUAUUAACCUAGAGGAUAGUGUGACAGCUAAUGCCCAAGACUUGGCGGGAAGAAUUUAG